UUAAAGUAACCCCAAAGCUCACCUUCGCCUUUCUUCUCUUCAGGAGCUGAUCGAUCACCAAUUUACGCAUACAAUCGCCGGUUCAAGCAUGGACGAGAACAAUCAAGGCAGCCCUCCCUUUACACCACAAGAUCUUGAGAAAACAAAAUCGAUGCCAUUGGCGUCUCCUAUCGGAUUGAACCUGGAAAUAACCGAGUCCUUUCUCAAUGAGUUGGAAUCUGCAUCAAGAGUAGCACAAGACAAAGUGGAUGUGAGACAUAGCCAUGAUAAGAUUAGGGCUUCCCAUGUUCAAAUCACUACCUUUACUGUAGGAAACUGGAAGGUAUUUUAUUUAUGUAUACACACAUAAAUACAUAUCUUAACUCUAUGAUUUUGGAAUAUAAAGAAUCAUCUGUUGUUGGCAGAGGGAGGCUAUUUACAGAAGCACACUGACUGCCAAAUUCUACCAUGCCAAGAAGAAGCUAGUGUGGGAGUUUCUUUAUGGGCUAUUGAAGAGCAAAAUAGAAGUUUCUUGGUCUGAUAUCAUUGCUAUUGAGGCUGUUACGAACCCUGGUCAACCCGGAUUUCUUCGAAUUCAGGUCUCAAUUUCCACAUCUCUCUCUCUUUAUUAGCUUUGUAAUGAAUUGAAUAUGACUAGUUGAACUAAUAUGCAGCUGGCUAAGCCUCCUCUCUUCUUCCGAGAAAUCCCACCUCAGCCGCGAAAGCCAACUAUAUGGAAGCCGGUAGAUGAUUUCACUGGUGGCCAAGCCCUACUUUGCAGGUAUGUAUACUCACAUAUUUCAAUCUCGUAUUUCACCCUGCACAGAAUGAGAGAUGUAUAUAUUAAGGUUUGAUAAAUAUAACAGCACACAUGAAGCUACGUUCCCACCUGGAGAACUUAAUAAACACUACGAGUUGCUUCUGAUAAAUGAUGAGAAUCUGGCUGAGCUCAGUCGCAGGCCUUUCCCAACAAAUGAUCGUCUAGCUGAGCACAGUCGCUGGCCCCUCCCAACAAAUGAUAAACCGAAGGCUUCCAAUGUCACAAUCAACAGCUUUCUUGUAGGAAACUGGAAGGUAUAUAUAUAAAUAUAUACACAGAUAUACACACUGCAAUUACAUAUACAAAUCCAUUUAUCUCACUUCAAUCUAUGCUUCCGGAAUAAAGAAAACCAUCUGUUCUUGGCAGAGGGUGUCUAACUACCAAGGCGACUUGACUGCCAAAUUCCACUAUGCCAAGAAGAAGCUGGUGUGGAAUUUUCUUGAUGGGCUACUGAAGAUCAAGAUGGAAGUUUCAUGGUCCGAUAUCACUGCCAUCGAGGCUGUUAUGAACCCUAAUCAACCCGGAUGUCUUCGAAUUGAGUUGGCUAGCACUCCUCUCUUCUUCCGAGAAAUCUCACCUCAACCAGGAAAGCAUAGCAAUUGGGAGCCUACUAAUGAUUUCACUAACGGUCAAGCCCAUCUUUACAUGAAACAUGAAGUUACAUUCCUACCUGGAGUGCUUGAUAAGCACUACGAGCAGCUGCUGAUAAACGAUGAGCAUCUGGCUGAGCUCAGUCGCAGGCCCUUACCGAACCAUGACAAGCAUCUGACUGAGCUCAGGCUCUUCUCAGGACCUGCCGAUUUUUCAAGUCAGAAGGCUCUUGUUGCUCAUGAUCAACGACUUGAUCAACACAGUGAUGUUGGCACAUCGAGUCAGAACCCCAUUGUUGCUCCUGCCUCCACAUAUGUUGACUCAUCAUCAAGUCAGAACUCCUCUGUUGUUCCGGAUCAGCACCUCCACGAACGCAACGAUAUGGUUGGAGGUGGUAAUGAAGCUUCAUCUACGAAGAGACAGAGAGUGGGAUGA